AUGAAAAUCGUAAUCGUGCCUUUGUGCAGGGGUCCUUGUCUGGAAGAUUGUUAUGAGACCUUCCCCUCACAAACAAAAAAAACUGUUUCCACAACAUUAUUAUAUUUUCCAUAUGCAAAAGAGGAGUGUGCUGCAUGCUGUAACCAGCUUCCUAGUAGCAAGCGGAACAAGUGUAAUUUUUCGUGCGUUAAAAAGUUUGCGAAAAUAAAACCUAUUAGGUCAUUUGAUAGUUGCUUGAAAAACUGUAAAACUAUUGUUCCUGAAUGCAGAGCAGGGUGCAAUAAUGCAUGUCAUGACAUGUUUCCAAAAAAGCACAGAUCAAAUGUGGGAAUAUACACGACACCGAUCGUUUAUGGAGUAUGGCGUGACGUACAAUAAAUUAUUAAAAUAAGAGCUAUUAAAAUAUUAGAUGUAUGUGGCAUAGGUAAUUCCAUGUAAUUAUAG